CAUCAAUCGACCGGGAAAGAAUAACAGAAGAUGCGGACGCAGACAAUCCUCUCCGUGACAGGUCUUACGCUCCUGACGGGCGUCGUCGGCUACGCGGUCUAUUUUGACUACAAGCGAAGAAAUGACCCUGCAUUCCGAUCGGCGCUGCGAAAAGAUAAAAAGAAAACGCACAAGGCUCUCAAGAAGCAGUCCGAGAAUCACAAGAGGGAGGUGGCAGCUGCCAUCGAAGAUGCCGUGAGAAGUGUAAACGAGCCGGGUGCGCUCCCCUCGGGCGUCGAGGAUAAGGAGAGAAUCUUCAUGCAGUCGGUGCAACAGGGCGAGAUUCUCCUUGCCCAGGGCUCUCAAUUCUACAUCCAGGCCGCCAAGAGCUUCUUCCGAGCCUUCAAAGUCUACCCGCAGCCCAUCGAACUCAUUGGCAUCUACCAGAAGGCCGUCCCCGACGAGGUGUUCAAUAUCAUCAUGGAGAUGGUAGCAAAGGACGCCGCCAUCAACGGCGGAGGACCAUCUGCGCCCGCCAGUAUGGACCCAUUUGCCGCCCUCGCAGCCGCCGCUCGAGGUGCGCCCACGAGCUCGAGUCUCGAAGAGAUCGACGAUGACUCGCCUGCCAACAAGGGCAGUACUCCACCCAGCGGUACGUCAUCGACCAAGGGAUCGGCCAGCGCCCCAAGCGUUAGCUCGGGAGAGAUGGCUGGGGAGACGAGCAGCCAGGAGUGGGAAAAAGUCAGCAAGGAUGGCGGUGAACACGGCGCCGAGCCAGCAAGGGCAGCAGCCGCGACGGCAACAGCCACGUCCUCGUCCGUCGAAGAAGCAAGGGAGGUUGGACAGUCCGCUCAUGAGCUCGCCAGCGGCUCAAGACCCGAAACGGCCCCUGCCGCGGCUCAUAACCCAGUUGCGGAAGAGACUGUCUCUGAGGAAGGAGGGCGAGCUGGCGAUUGAGGGGUACUGCAUGUGCACACCCGCCGACCGCCUCCAAAGAUGUAGCAGAAAGUGAAAUUGCAGCAUGUCGGUCUUCACCUCUACUUGUUGAUUCGAUCUUCUUUUCAUUCCCAAUCGAGGUCGUCGUCGUCUGUUUUUGAGGCUGUUGAACUUUGAGCAAAUCCA